AUGGCUACAAAAUUUAUAAUUGUGAUCCUUUUGGAAAGUGCUACGCAAAAUGUUACUGAUGGUGGCAUAGGAAUUGUCGAGAUGCUUUUUUGCACCUCGCUUGUAGCAUUGGUUGGAGCCGGAGAACAGCCUGCUUUCUCACCGAGACGUCUGCAAAUUACUAAUACCAAACGACAAUCUACGAUAUGUGAACUUACUUUUGCAACCUCAAUUCUUGCCGUAAAAUUAAAUCGACGACGGUUGAUUGUCGUGUUGGAACCAACAAUAUUUGUCUAUGACAUUAGUAACAUGAAAUUACUGCACACUAUCGAAACGAGUCCUAAUCCACGAGCUAUUUGUGCGCUCUCUCCUACGAAUGAUAAUUGUUAUAUAGCAUAUCCCUCACCUACCCCCUCACCAACCUCACCUUUUUCAAACAGUACACAAAACGCGGCUCCUUCUGGUGACGUGUACGUUUUUGAUGCUGUUCAACUGCAGCCGGUCAAUGUUAUACAGGCGCACAAGAGUCCAGUAUCUUAUGUGGCGAUUAGCUUUGAUGGUUUGAAACUAGCCACAGCUAGUGAUAAGGGAACUGUAAUUCGAGUAUUUUCACUUCCGAAUGGUCAAAAAUUAUAUCAGUUCCGAAGAGGAUCAUACCCGACCCGCAUUCACUGUGUUUCUUUUAACACUGUUGGCUCGUUAUUAUGUGUAUCUAGUGACAACGACACUGUACAUAUUUUCAAGCUGUCUGGAAAUACUCAUAAUGGCCCGCCACCCGGUGGCGCGAAUGCUGGUGGCGCGAAUAAUGGAGCCGCGAAUGGUGGUACUGCUGGAGGUUCGUUGAAUCGCCAUUCUACAGGAGCGGCACCGAUUGGUGGGUUCGAAGCGUUUAUGGACAACAAGAAAAAAACUGGGCCUGGAGCUGUUGGUAGCAAUAUACGUCGUCAGUCUUACCAUAUUGGUCGGACUGUUGCUGGUAGUGUCGGUAAUUACCUUCCAGAUGCACUUACGGAGAUUUGGGAGCCUGCACGAGAUUUCGCGUACCUCAAGUUACCUAGUUCUGGUGUGCAAAGCGUGGUAGCCUUUAACAAAUUUUGUCAUAGCACCAUACCUCAACUCUUGGUAGUCACUUCGGAAGGUUAUUUCUACCAGUACAACAUUGAUCUCGACAAUGGCGGAGAAUGUACUUUGCUUAAGCAAUAUAGCUUAUUGGAGACAACCGAAGAUGUUGCCAGCCCAUUACCGGAGAAAUAA